UUUAACUUUGAAUCGGUGAUUUAAAUUUGAACCGGCAGUAGGUAGAUCAGUCACGUAGCUCAAAUUCAUUAAAUUCGAUCCUUGAUUGUAAAAAACUACGGGAGGAAACUAUGCCCUUCUCUACAAAUUACCAAUUCACGAAUAUAAAAUGGUCAAAUUCACGAAUACCUUCUUCUGUGGUUUGGAUACCGGUAUUUGAUGUUUAUGUCGAAAAUAAAUAUCUAACUUAUGUAAAUCUGCUAGUGACAAGUAUUAAAAUUUCGGGGAUUUUCUUUCAGAACAAGAUGGCCGGUGUGUUGAAGAACUGUAUAGUCCUGGGACAGGUAGUUCCUUCAACCUUGAAGAACGCUGUCAAAGUCAAGGUUCCCUUCUUCAUAUUUGACGAGAACUUGAAGGCCUACUUCAAGAAGACUGAAGAUAUUAUUGCAGAAGAUUUUAGGGAAACCACAUUUUUAAGAUUCAUUGAAUCUGGAUUCAGCCUAUACCCCCUUUCAUUUUUCCUUUACUGUCCCUUUAAGGUUAAAAAAGAGAUAACACACCGAGUACUGGAGACGGUCUUUAAACUGGGAGAUAUUAAGGAUCCUAUAUCUGGAGAGCUGGUGGUAGGAAACCAGUAUAGAUCUAACAGAGAACAGAUUGAUAAACUAUAUGGGAUGAAGAAAAGAAACUUUGAUUAUAAAUCUGCUCCCGAGAGAGGAAGAUUGGAGGGAACCAGGGACUUCACAGAUAAACCUGUUUACAGGAAAUGGAAUAAGUUUGCAAAAGAAGAUCCGUACAGCAUAAAUAACUAGUCAUCUCAUGUCUCUGUAGAUAUUUAAUAAUAAAAUCAAAAUUCAAUAUAAUUAAUGCAUUAUUUCAGAAAA